UCCCUGAUUCUAACGGUAACCCUAAUCCUAACUCUAGGAGCGAGAAGGUUUCAACUUAGCGUGCUAGCUCCCCCAGAGGUCAGAGAAAAUACCCUGUACGUAUACAGUACACUAAAUUGAUUUGCAGUAUUGCAAUACGCUAGGCGCAUUUCCUUAAAGUACGUUAGUGUUUAUCAACAUGGCGGCUGACCUUAGCCAGCGUGUUCUUGAUCUGAUGACACGCACCGGGAGAGCCAUGACAACGCUAGAAAUUGCGAAGAACAUCGGUUUAACAACGAAGAAAGAAGUGAACCCGACAGUGUACGGCAUGGAGCGUCAAGGCAUCAUAAAACGCGUGCAGAUGAGCCCUCCAACGUGGGAACUCACUCAAAUGUCAAGCAAUCAACCAGGCCCAUCAACACCAUUCACUCCAAUGCAUCGACAGCCGUCAAAGAGGCCGUCGUUUGGAGCAGAAGAGGCACUUCCGGAUAGAGUGGUCAAAUUGCUACAUGAGAGAGGCGCACCCAUGCAGGCGUUGCAGAUAUCCAAGGCUGUUGGUCUGGUGACGGUCAAAGAUAUCAAUCCGACUUUAUACAAACUGCAGAGGGACGGAGUUUUAGAUCGAAUUCAGAUAUCUCCACCGACUUGGAAACUGAAAGUCGAUGGAAAUGAAGCGAUGGGUAGAUAUCAAUAUGAAUCUGCGGGUAAACGAGCUCGAGUGUUAUCAUCAGAUUUUGAUGAGUCUGUCGAAAUGUCUCAUGCGAGUGUGCGAUCCCCGCCUGUCGGUCAAAUGCAGUCGCAUUCGUCUGGAUAUCAACAGUCAUCGUCAUCGGCUGAGCAAGUUGUGCAGUCCAUCAACGUGCUGGAAAAGAAUCCGAUCUCUGUGAUUCACGAAUUUGGCCAGAAGAAUAAACUCCAAAUGAAGACAGAAUUUCGAGAGCAGGGAACUCCACAGAACAAAUCGUUUCUCUGUAUUCUCCACGUAGGAAACCAGAAUUUCUCGGGACACGCGAGAGCAAAGAAAGACGCUCGUCUUCAGGCGGCCGAAUUGGCAUGUCAAGUGCUUGUCCAUCAACCAGCGAGUGCAACAGUUUCUUAUGAUUGCGACGAGUUUGACGGCAUCGAUUCGCAUGGAGAUCGUAUGGCGUCGUUAUGUCACGACAAACUGACCGAAUUGCUGGCGUUACCCGAGUGUGCGGCCAUUCAGACUGGAAGGAAGGUGGUGGCUGCAUUUAUCAUCGUGUUUCCGGAAGCCGCUCCGCGUGUCGUCUCUCUCGGUAGUGGCACACGAAUCGUGGGUGGCGAUGCUCUCAGUCUCACCGGAACGACCGUCAACGAUUGCCAUGCGGAGAUCAUAGCGCGACGUGCUCUGAGACAAUUUUUAUUCAAAGAGAUCGAAUUGUAUCAGAGCGGUGCAGAGAGUCAGAUCUUUGAACAAGGAGAGUCCCACCUUCUCAAAGUAAAACCGGACGUCGAAUUCCAUCUUUACAUCAGCACGGCACCGUGUGGCGACGGAGCGAUAUUCUGUCAUUCCGAUCCGAGCAAUGCGGACAACGUUCUUGACGAUUGCACCGAACAUCGUCCGGUGUUCGACAACAAAUCGAGUGGCCAACUGCGAACAAAAGUCGAGGACGGGGAGGGAACGAUUCCGAUUCCUGACGACACGCAGCUGACGUGGGACGGAAUCCAGAGGGGUGAACGGGUACGUACAAUGUCAUGCAGUGAUAAGAUCGCUCGCUGGAAUUUCCUUGGAUUACAAGGAGCUUUACUAACUCAGUUCAUACAACCAGUUUACUUAUCGUCUCUCACUAUCGGCGCUCUGUACAAACACGGCCACCUUUCAAGAGCCGUCUGCUGCAGGAUGAGAGAACUCGCGUCUCUCCCACCACUCUACCACGUCAAUCAUCCACGACUCACGACCGUCAGCCAAUCAGACAAACUCACACGUUCGACACAGAAAACGUCGUCAUCCAGCAUGAAUUGGUAUGCAGGGACAACAAACGUUGAGAUACUCGAUGCGAUGAAAGGCAAGAGAUUAGACGGCUCCGUCUCUCGUCUCUCCAAGUCGACCGUUUUUGCCACGUUUGCUCAAGUCUGCGGCAGCGUCAUCAACAUGGAAGUCCCAGCGACGUAUCGUGACGCCAAACAGAAUGCAGUCAGAUAUCAAGCCGCUAAGAGUGCAUUGUACACGUACCUGGCAGAUGCAGGAUACGGAAAAUGGAUGCAGAAACCCGUAGAACAAGAACAGUUUUGACUCUUUAGUGUGACUGAGUGCAGAUGCUUAGCUGUGAUGUAUUGUAUUCGUUAAUGUUUGUAAUUGUAUUGCAAACAAAUGGUUGGCAGAUGUCAUUUUAGUGUGUUUUAUCAAACUUUUUAAUACCAAUAGGAACAGCUUCAGUGCGCAGUAAUUUAUGUUAUAUAAUGUUAAUUAAUUGUUGCUAACAAAACUCGCCUGCUGAUAUAUACAUACAUACAUACAUACAUACAUACAUACAUACGUACAGUACAUACAUACAUAUAUACAUAUAUAUAAGUGAAUGGUGAAUCGCAGGCUAAAGAAACGUUCUUUACUACUUAUGAAAAUGUUCAGAUAGACACUGACAUAAACGUUGCU